AUGCGAUUGGUCAGCGUGGCAGGCGCGCGGUUACGCAGGGCCGCAGAGGAGGAGGGAGAGAAGGAGCCCCCGCCUCCUCCACCACCCUCACACCACUCCAACCACCAGUUUGCCAGCAUGAAGAACAAGUUCUUCAAUGAGCUAACACACCUGCCAAACCAUAAACUCAAAAUGCCCAUGUGGGCUGUGGGAGCCAUUGUGGUUGUAGUCCUUGCCCUCAUCGCCUGCAUGGGUUUCUGCAUCUACAAGAAGUGCUUCAACAAAGGCAAGAAGCCGAAGAAAGCCCGUGAGAGGAAGGGUGGACGAGGGCGUAGAAAGAAGGAGAAGGAGGGAGAGGAAGGAGAGGAGAAGAAGGAAGGAGAAGAAGAGAAAGAGGAAGAGAAGGAGUUCUUUGGAAAAUUGGAGUACACACUGGAUUAUAACUUCACUGAUAAUCAGCUGAUAGUUGGCAUCCUCCAGGCUCAGGACCUCCCAGCAAUGGACAUGGGAGGGACAUCAGAUCCGUAUGUCAAAGUUUACAUGCUGCCGGAUAAGAAGAAGAAGUUUGAGACCAAAGUCCAGCGCAAGAACCUCUGUCCGGUCUUCAAUGAGACUUUCACCUUUAAGAUACCGUACACUGAGUUAGGAGGUCAGACUCUGGUGCUGCAGGUGUUUGACUUUGACCGUUUUGGUAAACAUGAUGUCAUUGGAGAGAUCAAGAUCCCAAUGAACACCAUAGACCUCGGGCAGCCGAUACAUGAAUGGAAGGAUCUUGUUGGAGGAGAGAAAGAGGAGCAAGAAAAGCUGGGUGAUAUCUGUAUUUCACUUCGAUAUGUUCCCACCGCUGGUAAGCUUACGGUUAACGUCAUGGAGGCCAAGAACCUGAAGAAAAUGGAUGUUGGAGGACUGUCAGAUCCCUUUGUAAAGGUGGUGCUGCAGCAUAAUGGAAAGCGACUGAAGAAGAAGAAGACAUCAGUCAAACAAAACACUCUGAAUCCUUAUUUCAAUGAGAGCUUCAGCUUCGAAAUACCUUUCUCCCAGAUUCAGAAAGUCCAAGUGCUGAUCACUGUGUAUGACUACGACAAGCUGGGCAGCAACGACCCAAUCGGAAAGUGCUGGAUCGGCUAUGGUGCCUCAGGUGUGGGGCUGCGUCACUGGUCAGACAUGCUGGCCAAUCCCAGGCGUCCAGUGGCCCAGUGGCAUACGCUGCAGCCAGAGGAGGAAGUGGAUGCUGCUCUGAAGGCUCCCAUCCGCUAA